GAAAAAUGGGGCUUCCCCCGUUUGACGAAAUAGCUAAAGUCCACUAAUGGGGCGUUCACAGAAAGAUCUUGUUAGCACCAGGAGGCUGCUUGCCAAAAGGACCAGAGAAACGAAGAGGGAAGACAGAGGCUCCUCUGCAUUGCACGGGCAUCAUUGAGGCUGGAGACAACCAACCCGCGUCUCUGCUGCUCAGCGAGGGGACAGGGAUAUUCUGGAGCACAGGCUGGGUACCAGAGCGCCGACCCCCCCUUCCCAGCACUGCAGAGACCCCCCUCCCCGGCACCCCACUUCACCCCCCGGUCUAUAUGCACAAGGAAGAGGGUGAGGUGUUGAUCGGGAGCUGCCAAGGAACUCAAACCGAGCGGGGUCAUGCUCCAGGGGACACUGAAGGGGAGAAGGUCCAAUUGCGGUAGGAAGUGGAGAUAGCGGCUUUGCCAGCCCCGCAGCAGCAGAACUUUCUCGCCUGGUGCCGAGGACCGCCGGCUUCUUGGUGGCCAGAGGAUCCCAAGCAAGAGAGGCAACAUGGCCACUCUGAUCCGGAGCAAGCUUUCCAACGUCGCCACCUCGGUUUCCAACAAGUCCCAGGCCAAAGUGAGCGGCAUGUUUGCGAGGAUGGGCUUCCAGGCGGCUACCGAUGAAGAGGCGGUGGGCUUUGUGCAUUGCGAUGACCUGGACAUGGAGCACAGGCAAGGGCUUCAGAUGGACAUCUUAAAGACGGACGCCAGCGAGGAAGGAGCCGAGCCGCCCCUAGAAGGGGAUAUCCAUUACCAAAGGGACGGCACGGGUCCCCUGCCCCCGUCAGCCUCCAAGGACGAGGGCAUCUGCUCGGAGCUCUCCAGCCAAGCCAAGCCCAAAAUCACCGCCUGGGAAGCUGGGUGGAAUGUCACCAACGCAAUCCAGGGGAUGUUUGUUCUUGGCCUGCCCUAUGCUAUCCUUCAUGGUGGAUAUCUAGGACUCUUUUUAAUUAUUUUUGCUGCAGUAGUUUGCUGCUACACUGGGAAAAUCCUUAUUGCCUGUCUUUACGAAGAGAAUGAAGAUGGGGAGAUAGUCAGGGUGAGAGACUCCUAUGUCGACAUUGCUAACGCUUGCUGUGCUCCCAGGUUUCCCAAGCUUGGAGGGAGGAUUGUGAAUGUGGCUCAGAUCAUUGAGCUGGUCAUGACCUGUAUUCUCUAUGUGGUGGUCAGUGGGAACCUGAUGUACAACAGCUUCCCAAACUUGCCUGUCUCCCAGAAAUCUUGGUCUAUCAUUGCCACAGCUGUGCUCCUGCCUUGUGCUUUCUUGAAGAACCUCAAGGCUGUCUCGAAGUUCAGCUUGCUCUGCACCUUAGCCCACUUUGUGAUCAACAUUUUGGUGAUUGCCUACUGUCUCUCCAGAGCACGUGACUGGGCUUGGGACAAAGUCAAGUUUUACAUUGAUGUGAAGAAGUUCCCCAUCUCCAUUGGCAUCAUCGUCUUCAGCUACACCUCCCAGAUCUUUCUGCCUUCCUUAGAGGGGAACAUGCAGCACCCCAAGGAGUUUCAUUGCAUGAUGAACUGGACUCACAUAGCAGCUUGCAUUCUCAAGGGACUCUUUGCCUUGGUAGCCUAUCUGACCUGGGCUGAUGAGACUAAAGAAGUCAUCACAGACAACUUGCCAUCCACCAUUAGGGCAGUAGUCAACCUUUUCUUGGUGUCCAAAGCUUUGCUUUCCUACCCCUUGCCCUUCUUUGCAGCUGUGGAAGUCCUGGAGAAGUCCCUUUUCCAAGAUGGAAACAGGGCAGUCUUUCCUAACUGUUAUGGGGGUGAUGGGAGGAUCAAGUCUUGGGGACUAGCCCUCAGGUGUGCCCUGGUAGUUUUCACCUUGUUAAUGGCUAUCUAUGUCCCUCAUUUUGCCCUCCUGAUGGGUCUUACAGGGAGCCUCACAGGUGCAGGCCUCUGUUUCCUGCUCCCCAGUCUCUUCCACCUCAAGCUCUUGUGGAGGAAGCUCAUGUGGCACCAUGUUUUCUUUGAUGUCGCCAUUUUCGUUAUAGGUGGUAUAUGCAGCGUGUCUGGAUUCAUCCAUUCUUUAGAAGGCCUCAUAGAGGCUUACGGUUCCAACAUAGAAGACUAAAGAAUGGCCAGAACUGGUUGCAUUAAAAGAGAAUUACACUGAACAUCCACAUAGCCAAAUAAUUAUGUAUCCUUUUAAAGAAAAGAUUAUUUUAGAUAUGUGCAUCCAACAAAGUCAGUCAUAGAACCUAAAAAAUAAAAUAAAGUCUUUGCCCUGCAGUUGUUUUAAUAAGCUAAGAUUUCAAUAUUUUUUUUCUUAUUUAUAAAUUUUUUGAAGGAAAAUAUUUGACAACCC